GUGUGUACACGUGUGUGUGUGUACAUGCCUCUUUCUCGCUCUACUGUAAAAACACAUGAAGCCUGAAUAAAGUCAGUUACUUUUUACUAUUGGCUGCUGUAAGCAACCAGUGACUAAAAAACUGUGCUAAUAUUGUACCAAUCAUCCUGUGCCUUCUUUGCACGGGUAAAAUCACCUGGAGAAAGGAGAUUCAAAAACAUAAAGUCUUGGGAGCAGAAGAAACAUCUCAAUGGACCCUGUGGACAAAGCUAUUGAUCAGCAUCUCCCACUUUUCCUAUUCUAAAACUGAGGAUGAGAACAGUAUUGGCUGGCAUUUACUGGCCAUCCCUAAUUGCAUGAGGACAUCUGGAGUCACACGUAGGCAAAACCAGAUGCUACCAGACCUGCUGAGCUUUUACAGAAGCUUCUGUCUUUGAAUAAUGGUUUAAAGUUCAGCUUCCGGACUUUAGUUCUCCAACAUUCAAGAUGGCUCGUACUGUGUACUUUUGCUGGAUUCUCCAAUAUACCUGCUGCCUCCUUGUGUAUUCACAUCUGGCGAUUGAAGAAAAAGACCCAGAAACUCCACAAAACAAGAUUAUUUCUGGUCUCCAACCUGAGCAAGAAUCGAAGUAUACUGGCAUCUCCAUUGUAGAACUGCCAAAUAGUAGAAAAAUAAAUUUCAGAAGAGAUGGUAGAAGAAUGAGCCCCAGUGCACCUAAAAAAAACAAUGGGAUUGCAACGCCUCAUAAGGUGAAGAAGCUAAAACCAGAGAACGGUCAUUGUGUGCAACUCUGGGGAAUGUGUCUUCCACCAUCUCCACCAUGUUGCAAUCCUUGUGCCUUCUGCCACUGCCGAUUUUUCAACACUGUCUGCUAUUGCCGGAAGCUGCAUGCGAAGUGUCUGGACAGAAUGUAAGCAGUUGCACUCAUGAUGAAGGACAGCAUAUAAAAAUUAAAAAUAAAUACUAUGUAUGUCUUCUUGUUGGUUAUUGUCAAAUCAAAUUAUGGGUAAGGGUAAAGAUAGAUUCCAAUUAAUUGAGAAUUAUUUACAAAUCAACAAUAAAAAUACAGAACAUUGUUUUGUGCCAUGACUGCGAAAUUGAAGGGUCACAAGCCAACAUCUAAAAAUAAUGGUUGACAAAUGUUCUGGGAUGAGAGAAAGAACAGCAAGAGAUUUAUCAAUUGCAAAUAAAAAAAGUAUGAGUUACAACAUUUUUGAGAAUGACCAUGCAACACUUUUGUACAUAAAUAAAAACAAAGAGAAUCACAAAAGAAAAA